UAGACCUUAUUGCUAUUGGUGUUCUGUGCCUCGUGACGUCAUCAAGCUAACGAUUACCGAGCCAGUCGACUCUUUCCCCUGGCCCCGUUACCGCCGUCGUUGCGUUGAUCGUUGAGUUCAGUUAGUUCUAGCGCAGCAGCGUUUGGAUGUGCUCAGAGUGUAUCCGCGACUAUGUCGUAGUGUCCGUAGUGACAGUAGUUUGUUCCGCAAGAAUCAGUGACGGAAAUAAUCGUUAGAUGGUGAAGAUGUCGGUCAUGCAGAUGCAGCAGGCGAAACGUCAGCAUUGCUAUUUGUGCGACCUGCCCAGGAUGCCAUGGGCCAUGGUGCACGACUUCUCCGAACCGGUCUGUCGAGGAUGUGUUAAUUACGAGGGUGCCGAUAGGAUCGAGAUCGUCCUGGAGACGGCACGACAGAUGAAACGAGCUCACGGCUUCCAGGAGCAAAGAUCGGCCUCGCAUAAGAGCCACCGGACGGCAGCCUCCAGCCACGAGCACCAAAACGGAGAAGUGGUGGCGACGUCGAGCCGCCAGCAGGCCACCACGCACCAUUCUGGAACGUACAGUUUACAUCAUCCGCGAUCCGGGAUGUUGGCGGAUUACCAAGCCCAGCAGCAGCCUUUACCGCCUCGCGGAACGGCUAUACCUAGACCCCAACAAAUGGAGGCUACACAGGAGCCUGAGGCUCUGGUAGCGCGACCUACGGUCCGGUUACCCUCAGCGACGCAUUUGGCUCAUCACCAACUCCAGAGUCAUCAUCAUUCCGCCAAUGGAAGACCCGGAAUGCAACAACAAGGCUUGAAACGGGGCUUGUCGACGGCUGAUGACGACGACCAUCAUGGUUUGCAUCACGCUAAUGGGGAUAUCAAUGGUGCUAAGAGGAUGAUGUCGGUAGAAGAACACAGUAACGCGGUUAGACCUCCGUUGACUAGAGGAGAAUCGCUUCCAGCGGUUUCGUUGGCACAACCAUUUGUCGUUUCGACCGAGAGGACCUUCAAGCAGGAGAAGCAUCCUCUUAGGACGGCGUCGUUUGAUACCGCCACCGCUUUCAAACCCAAUGCUCCCGUUUCAGUGGCGAAUGCUAAUGGUUCCAGUUCGGGGUCUCCCUUAAAUAACCGCACAGGUUCUCCCCCCGAUCCUAACGCCGGUACCACCCAACAAACUCAACAAUCGGGUGGUACGGGACAAAGUCCCAUGGCGGCCCUUAUGUCAGUGGCCGAUAAUUUGCCACCGGGGAGUCCCCGAUCGGCCGGAGGGAGUCCCCCGAGUAGUGCAGCUCCACGAUCGGCGUCGAGAGGUUCGCAACAUUCGCCAAAUUCGACAGGUUCGUCGAGUGGUAGACGAUCGUCGGGGUCUCGUCACGUGUCUUCGACUACGGUGACCUCGACGGAAGCUGGGGGUGUUAUGGGACCUAAUGCCGAGUCUAUGACCGGAAGUGGCGAUAAUGUUGCGCCCACAGCACCUGCGACUACGGCCACUUUGAAGUGUACUCUUUGUCAGGAGAGAUUGGAGGAUACGCAUUUUGUUCAGUGUCCUUCUGUACCUCAUCACAAAUUCUGUUUCCCUUGCAGUAGAGAAAGUAUCAAGAGACAGGGGGCCGGUUCUGAGGUGUACUGCCCUAGUGGUGAAAAGUGUCCAUUAGCGAACUCAAACGUGCCGUGGGCAUUUAUGCAAGGAGAAAUAGCGACGAUACUCGGCGAGGAGUACAAAGUGAAGAAAGAGCGGGAAACUUAAUAUUGGAUGUGCUAAGUACGAAGUACGAGGCUCUCUUUAACUCGACAAUAGUCGAGAUGUCUCUUUUUAAACAAUGAAAGAGAUGAUUUGUUGAAAAGUUGCUGGCGAAAGUUUGGAGAUGGUGGAUUUAGUAAAAAAUACGGUUUGUCGGUAAAAUGGUUGAUUGUUAAAUGGAAGCGAAGAAGGCUGUGUCGAAUAUAUUAGUUUUUAUCUUGGACGAAUCGUCCAACUGUCCGUCUUAUGAUUGUAUAUCCACCGAAUUAAAAAAUAAAAAACAAAAAAAUGGCUAACGUCGCCGAAAAUGUACAUAUAAAGAGUCGGGUAGUGGAAAGAAUUUGUUUUUGUUUAUUUGUUUACAAAUCAAUUUUUGCCUAAACUUUUUCUGAUUAUUUCUGUCUCAGCUUUUGUGUAUUGGACGUUUUACUUUGUAAAUACUGUAUAUAAAACUCGUGCUAAAAUUUGCAAAAAAAAGUGUACAAAACAUAUAAUUUAAGUGAAUUAGUUUAGUGUUGAAAAAAAAAUAAAUUUAAUACGCACAACUAGCUAGUACUGAUUUCUACCUUUUGUAACUACUUGUCUAGUUGUUAGUGUGAAAUUUAUUUACUUGAAGUAUGAUUACGUUUUAUUUUCUCGUUUAAAACUACUCAUACUCUAAAAGGCCUCUUAUUGAAAAAAGCUGUAAAUAUUGUAUAUUCAUCAGCUAUUUAACGACAUAAAAAUCGACCAGAUUUUAAAAAUGCCGUUUAUUAUUAGUUUAGAAACUUCGUUUAUUAAUGGUACAUUUGGGCCAUGGCUUUUUUAAUUUAUGGAAAGUAACCUAGUCAAAAUGUGAAGUGUCUCGCACUUCAUUUAUAGGAACUCAAAACUCGCUGGUAUAUUGUAAGAACGAUAAUUAAAGAAAAUCCUUGAUUAAAAUAACAUUUAACUUGUAUAUUUAUACCAUGUUUAAUGUUCAAGGUCUCCUCACAUUUGUUUGCUUGUUUAGUAAGAAUAGAACAGUUCAAUUUUUUUAAUUUCUCAUCAAUUGAUUUUAAGUCGGUUUAUUCUUCCUAAACAAAGCUUCAAACGAAACGACCACAUUGAAUUAUUGUAUAGACCUUGUAAAUAAAAUACUUGUAUUACCCUAAAACGACAUUGUUAACCCCAUUCAUUGACAGAAGUAACCACUCCACUUUGGAUUUUUCGUAAACGGUACGCAAAAUUUUACAGCAGGUCGAGGGUCUUUUCAACGAAUUUUAAUACUGUUGUAAUUUUUUGUGUGACGUUUCAACCCUUGGAAAUAUUGUGAGUUUCACGUCCAUCAGAAGUGAGGGAUUACAUUUUUUACUUCUUUGGCCCUAAAAAUAGAGGACUUGUAACAUUGAGAGUUUUGAAAUUUGUGAUAAAUGCACAGAUAUUUGUAUUGACAAUGUCAAUCUUGUACAUUUCGUAGUUGUUAAUUUGUAUAACAACUGACAUCUAAUUUGGUUGGAAAGCUUGUAUAAUCUUUGCUGUUAGUGGAUGUCAAAUAAAAUGAGAUAAUCAAUG